CAACAUAAUCUACGCCUCGUAGUUUUGGGACCUUGUUUGCACGUCUCAGUGACGAAGUUUCAAGAUAAAUUUGCAAGUUUACGGCAUGUUAAUAGCCCCAAUAGCUGAGAUAAGUUUCAAAUAUGUUGUACAGGCAUGCAUUUGAUAAGAUUUUUACCGAAUUUUGCGGUAUUUUGCGUGUUUUUGUGAAUUCCCGCUGGAUUUCGCGGAUUUACCUGAAUUUUGUGGCUCCGUGACCGCACGAAAUAUCAGAAGCCAUGUUAAAUGUCUUCUUCAAACUGGAACUGGUAUUGUUUAUAUACCAGUAUAUUUUUACUCACAGGUGUAUUAUCCCAGACCACAUAAAAACUAUCUAAUGAAAUUUAUUUGACUUAUUAACUUUACAGUAAGAUAAUUGCCAAUGUCAUUGGUGAUGUUUACCAGUUUGCCCAAGACAAUGUAGACGUUUUAUGGAAAAUUUGUUGCCAGAUGAUAAAGACGGGUCUCCUUAAUGUUAAACAGGUGUGUUACUUGAUUAGUCAAUGUAAGUAUUUACCUAUUGUUUAUCUUCUCUCAUAUGCUGGAAUUUUGGAUUUGCUUUUGAUUUUUGGCUGAAUGACCUCCAACUUCAUGGGCCUAGACUUUUCCACGUCGCAUUUUAGCAUUUGUGGAGAAUUGAUACUAUCGUCUUCCUUAAAGGAGCUGUGUCACAAAAUUCAGCCAAAUUAGAAAAUUACAAAAUGCCCUUUAAAUUAAGAGAAACAUAAAAAUAACCGCUUAAAACUUUAAAGGAAGGUUAAUAUAACAUAACAGAAACAACAGAUGCCACGGAUGGGCAAAACUGAAGAAGAUUGAAACUGAUUGAAAUUAGGGUUUUUGAAAACUGUUCAGCCUGACAGUUUUUCAAAGUUGAUCCCUGCUGCUUGCAACUUCAAAAAUAAUGCUCAGGAGACAUAUUUGUUUGUCUCGGAUCUCUGAUUUUGUCAUUUACAUGUAAUUCCUUUGCUUGCUUUAAGUUCCAUAGCGAUUGAGGGCGAGUAAUCGGCAAAAUUAAACAAAAUGAACUGGACUGCUGUGACACAGCCCCUUUAAAUGAAAUCAGCUUCCUUCUUAAAUAAGCCCCUCCCUCUAUUUACUGCCUUUCAAAAGUAUAAUUAAAAUGUCUGUUAUUCAAAGUUUUGUGAAUAGAGAAGUUUUAAAUGCUGUCUUGGUGUGAUAAUUCCAUUACAGGCAGCACUUGAUGUAAUAACUGGAUUGUUACCUUGGACUGGACUACCCAAUAUACCUGUGCUGGAUCAGUUUGUCAAGUGUCUGUGUUCUUUACUAGAGCUACUCGUGUCUGUUGCUGAAAGGUUACCAGCACAUGGAAGGUACUGGUAACAUCAUUGUAGCGUGACUUACAAUCUUGAAAAGGUCUUGAAUUUUACUAAUCGUCUUGAAAAGUCCUUAAAUUCGGUUUAGGUGCUUAAAAAGUACUUAAUUUCUUUAUUAGGUCUUGAAAAGUCUUUGAAAUUCACAACCUUGUCUAUUCCAAACACCUUUUUCUGUAAAAUUACAUUAUUUUGCCAAGAAAUAUUUGUCUCAUCCUCGGUGUAAGAACCUGUAAAACUCACGAGUGACGUAAAAACAUUUUUGUGCAUGGACAAUAUUUUAUUUCUGUUUCUUUAUUUCAAAUGCUAUUUCUGUACCUCAGAUGCAAUUGCAAGUCGUACCCAGUCAUUUUGCAAAGUCUUGUUGUGGAAAGUAGUAUAAAAUAAUGUGAUCAACGAUGGCCGAAGAAGUAAAAAUUGUAAAUGACUCCAUGAAGUGUUUUAGCCAAUAGGGUGAUCGUAGGGGGGUAAAGAAUGCCGAUUUAUUAAAUAAAUCUUAGUCCUUAAAAACUAUAAUUUGGCCUUGAAAAAUCCUCGAAAAGUCCUUGAUAUUUGAUUGCUGAAGUUGUAUGAACCGUGCUUACAUUUAAGACCAUCUUUCUUGACGUCCGUGUGUUCUUUCAUGGGUAUACAGGUGACAUUCUUUAGUGUCUUUUGGCACAGUGGAAAGUGGCUGGGAAAUUUGUUUGUUCUAACAAGGUUAUGUGAUAUCGGGUUCUUUUUUUACUCAUUUGUCUAUGAUACAGCUGUAAUUUGUGAGGAGAAUUUUGUUGGUUAUAGUGGGGUCUACAGUACCGCUCAAAAGUAAGUAACCCGUCGCGUCCCGUUUCCGGUGCGACAAGAAUCGCCAUCAUGUACUACGAGGAUCGUGCCCUGCGCUACAGGAAUCGCGUAGUGCCCGACGCGAUUCGCAUCUCGUGAGAGGCUGGUAACUUACUUUUGAGUAGUACUGUAAUUUCUGGUUUUGCGUUGGUCUUAUACACUGUCUGUCAUUAAUACAAUGUCAUUUUCACUUUUUAAAAACAUUGAUUUUCUGCAGAGAAAAAGUCCCUGGGCUAGAGAUUAGUCUUGCAAAGUGCCUAGAUGUCCUCUCUGGUGGAAAAAAAGAGCCAAGUUGUCAUAAAAGCUCAACAGAACAGCCCACUCUUUAUUCAUUUCCUGGAGCAUAUGUCAACAAUUUCCUCCUUUCACUCAGGAAAACUCUCUGUAAUGGCGGUCUGCAGUUGUUUGUUACCCAAGAAAUGAAGGUAGUGUACAACCACAGGAAUUGUAACCAAGUAACUGCAGUUGUGACAGUCUGUUUUUCAGUCAUGUUGCUCUAGUGAGCGGUGGUUCUGAUUCUUAACAUACCGUAAAAUUCCGAAAAUAAGCCCUGGGGCUUAUAUUUUUCAAAGACCCUUUUUGAGGGGCUUAUUUUUGGAGGGGCUUAUAUACGGAGGGGCUUAUCUACGGAGGGAAAUUUGCGUUUCAAAAUCGAUUGGGCUAGCCUUAUUAUUGGAAGUAAAUUUAUCGUUUUUACUUUGUUUUACUUUGUAUUUGAUGGCAAUUCUCCAAGUACAAGCCCCCGGGGGGCUUAUAUUUGGAGGGGCAAUUUAACGGAGGGUUUUUUGCGUUACCGGUUUGGGGGGCUUAUAUUUGGAGGGGCUUAUACAUGGAGGGGCUUUUUUUCGGAAUUUUACGGUAUUUGCAGUACACGUAGCUCUAUUUAUUAUAUGGAGGAGAGUGUUUUACUGGGAACUAAACGACUCGUAGAUUCCAUACGCCACUUCAUCCGGGACCCGAGUGGCGUAUUUUCCGUAUGUCACCUUUGUGAGUGUCGUAUCGUUCAAUGAUGUCACGAUUCCCGCCUUUUGCUUUUGUUGAAUUGGUUUCUCCAUGAAUUUUAUGUUCUCGUGGCAAGAACAAUAUCUCACUCGUUCGCUUCGCUCACUCGUGAGAUAUUGUUCUUGCCACUCGAACAUAAAAUUCAUAUCUUCUCGCCACCGUGUAAUAUCCUCUAUAUAUUAGGGAUCUUAAGCUACAAGAUGACGAGACGGUAGUAAAAACGUUGCCAACAAAAUGAAUUCGCAUCGUUAAAAUUUUUCUCGUGUCUAUUUGGACUUGCUCACUUUGUGAAUGUAGGUGAUUAAUUUUCUGCUGGACUUGAAUUCUUAAGGGCUCUAUGCAGCUUCAAAAAGGGAAAGGAAAAUCCGUCGUCAUUAUUAUUUUCACGUCCUUCAUAAAACAUCGCAUUACUUAGGAGGUUCAUAUCGUAGUUGUUCAGCUGACGUCAUUUGUAAUCAUUUAUGUCGUUAUGAUAAAAAAAAAACAAAAAAACAUUUUGCUCCAAUUUGUGUUUUGUUUUAUUUAAUUUUUUUUACUAAACCAAAGUAGUGUCAAUUAGUAUUCUUACCGUGAUAUUUGUAGUCCAAGAAAGAUGUACCAAUUUUGUCACAGAAUAAUGUCUUUCUUAUGUGUUCCUCUAGGGAGCAGUAUGCCGGUUUGUUGCCCAUAUCUACAGGUGCAUUCCAGUUAGCACUAGAGGCACAAAUGUACCUUUAUCACAGUACAACAUUAAAGAUGAAAUAAAUGAAAGGCUGGCCAGCUAUAUAGGUGUGGAACAUGAACAGCAGGUAACUAUAAAAUGGAUUUAUCACAAAUCUGUAGGCAAUUAGCCAAUUGUUGCUUAUUCACAUUGAAUUCGUAGUGUAAUAAUAAGAGUCAGCUAUCUAGUCACGAGAGUAUGGCACGAGAGCACGUGAGCUGGCUCUUUCAUGAGUCCAUUUAAACCCAUCCACGCCAUCGUUAUAAGUUUAAACAGUCAAAGACGACCUUAUUGCACAAUGUUAGCAGGGGGACGAGAUCCUUAUCCAGAUGUUGUACCCAGACCUUUUUCGUUUAUAGAUAACCUUAGAUGGACUUCAUCUAAGUAUUGCUGUUAACACUAAGAAAAAAUUGAGGACGUUGCUUUAUGUCUCCAACUUGAGAUAGGCUUGUUGCUUUUUUCCUGGUCAAUCAAUCCACAUGAAGGUCUACUAGAGCUGUUUAGGGAAUUCAGUUACGUUAACUACUUGUUUGAAAGGACGUGGUGUUGGAAACCAAGGAAUUCCACUCUUGAAACCACCUAGUGGGCUACAUGUAACCUUGUUGUCUCAGAAUUGGCAGUAUGCAUAACGUAGUAUUAAUCUUCAUUAUCCAAUCAUUUAUUUUAACAAUGGACACAAUGAUAGGUCAAGCAUGGUGUUAAUUCGCUGAGAUUUUGCUUUUCCUUUGCAGUUCUUAGUGGGCUGUUUGUAUGUGGCUGUCAGUGAUGAAAAAGCCAACAAGAAAACUCCACUGGUCACCAAGGUAUAGACACAAACAAACAAGUUUUUUAAGUACAUGUACAUAGCAAGCUUGAAUAUAUAAUACAGUGUAGCUGUCAUCAUUUCCGAUUGAUUCUUCCAUCCAAGGUGUACCCCCAACGCCUUGAGUCAGUGGUAACUGGGUAGAAAUUUGCAGAGUCAGGGAAGUCGUUAUUGCUUCACAAAUACCGUAUUUCCUCAAAAUAAUAAUAGCCGUCCCUCGAUUAACCCUUUGGUGACGGCCAGCGACUAGCGAAAAAACCGCAUUUUUCACCAAUUCCUAUUCUUUGGACUGGUUUUCGGCUAAUUAGGAUAAGAUUGGCUAAAAAUAGGUUUUGCAAAAAAUGUAUUUUUUCUGACUAAUCGGACGUUUUUUUUGUUGCGAAUCUAUUUCUAUCUGUCUCUUUCGCUCUCCUUUUUUCCUUUGCUUUUCUUCUUUAUUAGCAGUUUUGUUGCCCACUUCAUCGUCUUUCUUUUAAAUGGAAUUGUGGCUGGCCAACUUUUUAGGAAAGGGACAAAUUUAAUCUUCAAAGUGUAGUAAUUGGCAGUGCAUUUUUUCCAACAAUGUUGCCUUUGUGAGUGUAACUCUUUUAGGAUUGGUCAGAAUAUCAAAAACGGAACGAAAAAGAUCAAAGCAUUCGUCGAAGGGUUAAUCGCCUCCUUCGAAUAAUCUUCCCCCUUUGACGGAAAUAUUUAAACUAAUCAUCUACCUCGAAUAAUUAACCAGCCCCCCCUAGCUAUAUUCCCUUGUUUUUCACCCCCUCCCUUUUUCCGUUCUCUUUCUUCAUCCCCUCUCAAUGAUCAUCCUGAUCAUUGAGAAUUCAAGCGCUGACGCCUAUGAUGUUGACAUUGAAAAUUAAUCAAGGAAGCAAAUUCGAACACUUAAAAAAGCCCAUGUUCAGUUUAUUUGAUGAAUUUAUUUUUUUGAUUGAAUGGGAUAAUGAAACAGAAUAUUUAGGGCAUGACUUCCAGUGAGCAAUAUUUGAAAAAAAUCGCCUCCUUCGAAUAAUUGUCCCCUUUUUUGGUGCGAAAAAAAAAGCCUUUGUGAUAAGCUGCGCCUUUAUUCUUGACUUGACCUCAGUUGUACUGUACGUGGAUAAUGUUAUUCGCUAGAUAAUUAUCUCUACCCAGUGGAUAACGCACGGUUGGUUUCCUUAAAAUGAUUAUUCGCUGGAUAAUAAUUUAAUAUCCGGUGGAUAGUACUAUCCUGCAAAACGUCACAACCAGGACUUGAUGUCCAGACUAUAUGCAGUCUAUAUCUGAGAUUCUGAAUUGAUAAACCAGGUACUUUUACGAAAUUCUUUUCUUCCUUUUAAAGAUAAUUGUUUUUGGUCGAUUGUACGGCUAAUUGUAUUUAUUUGUGUUUUGUCCAUUUUUUUUUCGUUGCAGUCGGGUGGACACUCUGCUGCUGACCAAACGUCAAGGUAAUGGCCAAAAUAGCAAUGCCUAAAUUAGUAUUUGUUAUACUUUUGAACCUGAGAAAUACACCGUUUCGGCUAACUAAAGCUGUUAGCAGCAGAUAAACAAUUUGGAUGAGAAUAUUUUUCUGUUUUGAAAAUAUGCUCGUCCGAUCAGGUCUGAGUCGUAGAAAAUUUCUUUCGCUACUGCGCAUAUUUUUAGCUUUAAAAGCAUAGUCACCGAUAGCUCGUUCCAGGCUCCAAGAGAGUGGUGAAAGUCGUUCAGUAGAAAGAAAUGCAAAAAACGCACAGGGGCUGGGGAGAGACAGGGCGUCCCCUUUCCCAAGUCGCGUGCGUCUUAUUUCCGCUUUGCUCGUUUUCACACGUCCCCACUACACUAUCUGACAGCCUGGCACGGGCUAAGUCAACGAAGCUUGAUGUGUCCGGUCAUCGAUAGUGUUGAAUAGCAACUACAUGUAGGUUUUAAUUUCCCCGGGAAACGGGUGAAGUUAAGUUGGUCAUUGUACGAUUACCGUCAUGUCAUUUACAGGUCUGUACGUUAACCGUUUGUUCUGAUUUUCUUGAGUCCCUUUGCAAGAUCAGCCGUAUUCGUGGAGGCAGCGUGGCCGAGCGGUUUGAGCGCUGUACUUUUAAUUCUUAGGCUCCGACUUUAAGUCCCCCCCUGACCGCUAGCUGGAUUUGUUUUCCUAAUUUCAAAUUCUUGGCCACCCUUGUAAAAUAGCCAACUGGUACGCUUCUUACCACAUAUCUCUGAAAAGCCCCGUGACAUUUCAUUUCUUCUUAAUGUGCGCACAAGCUCAAAUUGAAUAUGAAAUAUUGUCCUUAUAGCAAGCCCAGUACACCAAAGAAAAGAAAAACACUUGUUAUCUCCGAUCCUGAGAAAAUACACGAGAGACAAACUCAAACUUCAGCAACAAUGGCAAGGAUGUUGGAAAGGUACAGAGACUUCGAAAAAUCUCUUCUGCACGAUGCUAAUGAAAUUCCUCCUGAUUUGGUAAGGGAUUCAUCUGUAUGGUUUGUUUGUUAG